UUACGUUGAAAAUCGGAACCGGAAGUGUACGGCCUGUGUAUUCUAGCAGGAUGAGCGGAUCCAGCUGAGGGAUUUUCCCUUUAUUUAAUAUCCUCCUCGACUGCGCUGUGAAAAUUAUAGCUAUCUGAAAUAAACAGCUGACAUGUCUGAGACAUACGAUUUCCUUUUUAAAUUCCUUGUUAUCGGGAAUGCGGGAACUGGAAAAUCAUGUCUCCUUCACCAGUUCAUAGAGAAGAAGUUCAAAGAUGACUCAAAUCAUACAAUCGGAGUGGAGUUUGGCUCUAAAAUAAUCAAUGUGGUCAACAAAUUUGUCAAACUCCAGAUUUGGGAUACGGCAGGACAGGAACGGUUCAGAUCUGUAACACGAAGCUAUUACAGAGGGGCAGCAGGAGCUCUCCUUGUCUAUGACAUCACCAGCCGGGAGACGUAUAAUGCUCUGACCAACUGGUUGACAGAUGCCAGGAUGUUAGCCAGUCAGAACAUUGUUAUAAUUCUGUGUGGUAAUAAGAAGGACAUGGAUGCUGAUCGGGAGGUUACCUUUCUGGAGGCGUCUCGCUUCGCUCAGGAGAAUGAGCUUAUGUUUCUAGAGACCAGUGCUUUAACCGGGGAAAAUGUGGAAGAGGCCUUUGUCCAGUGUGCACGUAAAAUCCUCAACAAAAUAGAAUCAGGUGAGCUGGAUCCAGAGCGGAUGGGUUCAGGGAUUCAGUAUGGUGAUGCAGCGCUACGGCAGCUUCGUUCCCCGAGACGAGCUCAGGCUGAGAGCGUGCAGGAGUGUGGUUGUUAGAGAACCAACAGCAAGGAAACAUUUUGUAAAGAUUAUUUUGGGAAUGGAACAACAGACCCAAAAGAGUGGAGAUACUCUUUCCUCUCCUUCCUUUUUCUUCGGUUCAGACAAAUCCAACAUCUUGGGAUGCCACUGUGCUCUAGAACAAUCCGACUCGAGGCAAAGAUGCCAACCAAGGAUGAUGAAUCUAGGCCUUUCCUGAAUGUUCUGCACUAAGCUUGACCAGAUUUAACACUCUAUUCCCUGUUUUACUCCCAUUAAAGUAUUUAGGUCUUGUGUAAAGAAGAACUUAAAUCAUUAUUUUGAAGCAUGUUUAUGGACUGAAUUUCCAUAACUUGAAUGAUUAGGUUUUAUGAACUCAGGAGUGCUUUUGGUUAGUUCAUAUCAGCUGAAAGCAUUUCAUUAUUUUUAAUUUUUCUGCAGAUGACAUGCAUAUUAUAGAGUUUUUAUAAAUGUGAAUGCUUUUUUGAAAAGCACACUGUUCUUUAAGUCCAUGGUUUUGCUUUUACUUUAUUUUUGCACACACAUCUGAAGUUGUUACUUUUAAACAUGGAAUGUCAAAUUAUAGUAUAUAUUGAGCCACAGACUUAUAUUCUCUUCAUUUAUAGCAGUGAAAGGUCAAUAUAAUAAAUAUGUUGAAUUUACUGCAGAGUGUUACCUUGCACAGCAUACUUUAAUUUUGUCUUGUUUGAAAAUGUUCUUUUGAGUAACUCAUGCCAAGUGUUAUUAAAUGUCAUCACAUUUUUAAAUGUGAUUGCUGUUUUUGAAUUCAGCUUCAUUCAUUUAUUUUUGGGAAAAUGUGCUCAGUUCUAUAUUUCAUUUAUGCUUAUCCCUGCAGUGUUACUGAAAACAAAAUGGUGGGAAAUGCUGUCUGUGGUUCAACAUACUACUAUGUACAACAUAAUACAAAUAAUCUUGUAUGGCUAUUAUGUUAUUGCUGCACUGUGUGAGAAAAGACAUUUUUGGAGGAGAGAGGAAAUAUUGUAAUUAUUAACCUUCAAGUUUUUUGUCUAAUACAACUGUAAAAAGACUAGAUGGAAUACAACACUAGGAUCAGCAUCAUUUCAGAUAUCAAUUAUUGAGAAGACAGUUACGAUAUGGUCCAGGCUUACUUGGAAACAUCAGCUGCUUUACACUGGUACACUCCUUUCAAACAUUCUGCUAAUAUUAAAUUAUUUUAAUAUAACUUUCCCCAUGCGUAUUUCCAUGUUGUACAAUCAUUUUGGAUGGCAUAUCUAUAAACAAUAAAGAUAACAGAAAAAAUACAAAAUACACUGUGGAAACUAAAAAACUUUUAUUAAAACAUUUGAGAAACA